AUGAGGAGAGAGAACCAGAGCAGUGUGACCAAGUUCCUCCUCCUGGGGCUUCCCAUCAGACCAGAGCAGCAGAGUGUCUUUUUUACCCUAUUCCUGGCCAUGUACCUGACCACGGUGCUGGGGAACCUGCUCAUCAUCCUGCUCAUCAGGCUGGACUCUCACCUCCACACCCCCAUGUACUUCUUCCUCAGCCACUUGGCCUUCUCUGACAUCUCUCUUUCAUCCAUUACAGUUCCCAAAAUGCUGAUGAAUAUUCAGGCUCAGCAACAUUCCAUCUCCUACAAUGGAUGCAUCUCUCAGAUGUAUUUUUUUGUUCUCUUUGGCUGUCCGGAUAAUUUCCUUCUUGCAGUGAUGGCCUAUGACAGGUACGUGGCCAUCUGUCAUCCACUGCAUUACAUCACUGUCAUGAGGAAGGAAGUCUGUGUUUGCUUAGUUGCUGGGUCCUGGUUGUUCUGUUGUGUCCAUGCCCUGCUGCAUACCCUCCUCUUGAUCCGAUUAAUCUCAGAAGAUAAUGAGAGCACAGUGUUUGAGUUCAUCCUCCUGGGACUCCCCAUCCAGCCAGAGGACCAAGGCAUGUACUCUGCCCUGUUUCUGGUCAUGUACCUGACCACAGUGCUGGGGAACCUGCUCAUCAUCCUGCUCAUCAGGCUGGACUCUCACCUCCACACCCCCAUGUACUUCUUCCUCAGCCACUUGGCCUUCACAGACAUCUCUUUCUCGUCAGUCACAGCUCCAAAGAUGCUCAUGAAUAUGCUGACACACAGUCAGUCCAUCUCAUAUGCUGGGUGUGUUUCCCAGGUGUAUUUUUUUCUGUCUUUUGCAGAUCUUGACAGCUUCCUUCUGACCUCCAUGGCCUAUGACAGGUAUGUGGCCAUCUGUCACCCUCUGCACUACACCACCAUCAUGAGGCAGAGCCUCUGUGUCCUGCUAGUGAUAGUGUCCUGGAUCUUGUCCUUUGCCAAUUCCCUUGUUCACACCCUCCUCUUGGCUCGUUUGUCACACUUUAGAGACAAUACCAUUCCACAUUACUUCUGUGAUCUCUCUGCCUUACUAAAGCUGUCUAGCUCAGACACCACUAUCAAUAAACUGGUCAUCAUUCCUUUGGGUACACUGGUAAUUACUCUGCCAUUCAUAUGCAUCCUGGUCUCUUAUGGCCGCAUUGGAGCCACCAUCCUGAGAACUCCCUCAGUCAAGGGAAUCUACAAAGCCUUGUCCACGUGUGGUUCUCACCUCUCUGUGGUUUGUCUGUAUUAUGGAGCCAUUAUUGGACUAUACCUAGUCCCUUCAUCUAACAACACUAAUGACAAGGAUGUCAUUGUGGCUGUGAUGUACACUGUGGUCACGCCCAUGCUGAAUCCAUUUAUCUACAGUCUGAGGAAUCGGGAUAUAAAAGAAGCCAUGAGCAAUAUCUUCAGCAGGAGAGUCUGUUCACAGUGA